AUGCGCAGCGCCGCACACCGCUACUACGCCCAUGGUUGCUUCUGUUGGCAGGUCUAUAAUGCCAACAAGUUGCUGGUGCUGGACGCACGCAGGAUGGAGUUCUCUGCCGUCAACCUUCCGUCUCCACCUGGCCGUUAUGGGCAGCAGAUGGCCAUUGUGGAGGCAGGAGAAGGAAGGCUUGGGAUGCUUACUAUCUGUGAUAAAAUUCAAAGUGAUGCAUAUCAUCUCUUUUAUGCUCAACCAUGGACCAUCUGGUCCCACGCAAUUACCCCUCUUCCCAUUUUCCUUGGGGCAUACGGCCGAAAUACAAUCAAAUUGUAUCUGCACCAUGCCUAUGACCUACCCCGCUCACACGUUCCCUCAACAGCCAGCCAAACUCCUCCUCUCUCUCCGUUAUCUCAGAUCCAGCCGCCCCUUCCAUUCCAUCUCCUCUUCCACAACCGGCCACCGUCCCGAUCUGAAGGUCUCCGACCAGAUCAGCCUCCUCCCCACCACGGCGUGCGGCGAGGAGUCCCCGGAUCGCUCGCCGUCACCCAGUGCGGUGCAGAUCUGGUAGUCCGCCCUCACCAAGCAUUCGAUGCGUUGACGGCUCCUAGCACCAGAUACCGCGACGAACGAGCUGUGUUCUGCCUCCUCCGGCUGCCGAGGACCACGGACGCCACUUCGUCUCACCGGCUGGCUCAGCAUCAGCACCGACCACUACUCACAGGUGUGCAAAAUUGUUGCUACGUCAUGGAUCUAGUAGCACAUGGAUCUAUCACUUUCGCUCUUGGUCUUGUGUUCUCCAGAUGAUGAUGAAAUGGAGGCUGGACGACGUCUGCCACACGAGUUAACAUGCCAGGCUCCUGACUUACUUUAGUUCAUGUCUUCAUGGCCAGCAAGUUGUCCUGGUUCCUGCAUAGAUUGUAAUUUUGUAGGCAGAAUUAUACAAGAACUUUUCGGAUGUCCCACUCAUACUUUGCAGAAUUUUGACGAAGGACUUGUAUGUUUUAACAGAACUCUGUUUUACAGAGUAGACACUCUGAAUAAAUUGCUGACGAACUUUAUUUUUGUA